UCAUGUUUCAUUACAGAAAUAAUUUAUGGUUUUCGCGACUUUGACAGAAUUUAAAAAGGCUGCAAGUUACCUGAAUCAAAAAGAAAAGUAGAAGCGUGCAGGUCACCAACAAAACCAGAAUCAGAGAUUAAGGUAAUAUAGAAGAGAUAUAGACACUGUAAAGCAGCUUGCAGCCAAUAUAUGAUUGACUAUAAAACCACUUCUUAACAACCAGAACUCCAACUACCACACCUCCGGUCACCUGACCCGGCCCGGGCAAAUAGUUUCUAUUGUUGAGAUAUACAGGCGUGUUCCUUCGAAUUGUACUUAGUGGCGUGUACCUGAAAACCAAGUAAUUUUAUAAACAAUUCUCAACACUCCUGAAUACCCAACAAUAAUCAACAAAGGGCAAAAGAAAUGUCUAUGUCCAAAAUAAGGGUACGAACUGAAAUUAGUGCUUUGUGGUUUCAGGAUGUGUCAAAAAUAACAGCUUAUUAUCUAAAAUUAGAGAACCAAAAAUAUCUCGUUUUGACCAAGGAGGGUACCAGAGCACGACUCGAUACCAAAGCGAAGAGCCCUUAUACACCCCCACCGUUUAAACCUGUUUAUAAAAGCCUCUUAACCAGUACUAUCGUAAUCUCAUUAAUAUUGUCCGAGUUCAGUCGUGCACAAGGUUAGGUACCCUAACAAGAGCUUUUGUUUUCAUUGUUGAAACC